AAACUUGCCCACUGGAGAUCCUGAGCUGCAACAAUUACUGUGAAAACCAUGUUUAAUUACAAAAUAAAAGUGGCCACGGGAGAUUCACUGACUGCUGGAACUGUCAACUAUAUCUCCAUCGUUCUUGUGGGGGUUAAAGGGGAGACCCCUAAACGCACACUGGAUCACUGGGGGAAAGACUUUCUCCCGGGAGCUAUUGAUGAAUACAGUGUUAGCAGCAAGGAAGACAUCGGAAAGAUCCUGUAUGUUCGGCUCUACAAGGAACUUUUUCUUGUGGCAGACCAGUGGAAUUGCAAGUACGUCACGGUCAUAUCCCCACAAGGUGAUACCUAUCGGUUCCCGUGUUACCAGUGGCUCUCAGGCACCACAACUAUGGAAAUACCAGAGGGGAAAGGAAGGGUCCUGUUGGAUGGUGAAAAUCCUGUGGUUCGUCAGCAGCGAAGUAAUGAACUGGAAGAAAAGAGAAGUGAAUACAGGUGGCGAUGUUUCGCACAGGGGGCACCCCACUGUUUGCAUGAAGAUCAAAUUACUAAUCUAAAUUUGAAUGAUCAAUUCUCUGCCACCACAAUAACAAGCUCCCUCACUCUUGGAGCUUCAAGUGCCAUUGAAAUAAAGCUGAAGGAAUACAGUGACAACACCGAAACCUGGAAGAAUCUAUGUGACCUGCAGAGAGUUUUCUUUCCUGUCAAAACACAAAACUCAGAGUACAUUAACCAGGAAUGGAAGUCUGACAAAGUCUUUGGUUACCAGUUUUUGAAUGGAGUAAAUCCUUUACAAAUUCAGAAAUGCUUCAAAAUUCCUGAUAACUUUCCAGUAACUGACGAAAUGGUGGCUGCUUCUCUUGGGACUUCCACCCUACAGGUUGAACUAGAGAAAGGAAACCUCUACCUGGCUGAUUACAAGAUCCUCCAGGGAAUCCAGGCUAAUACCAUCAAUGGCCAAAAGCAAUACCUCGCCGCUCCUCUGUGUCUUCUGUGGAAAAACAUCAACAAUUACAUUAUACCCAUAGCUAUCCAGUUGGGUCAAACCCCAGGCAAUCACGUCCCUAUAUUCCUGCCCAGUGACUCUGAGUGGGACUGGACCCUCGCCAAGAUGUGGGUACGCAAUGCUGACUUCCAGGUCCACGAAGCUGUAUCUCACCUGCUUUACUCCCAUCUCUUCGCCGAGGUCUUCAAUAUUGCGACCAUCAGACAACUUCCAAUGGGCCAUCCGUUGUACAAGCUCCUUAUCCCUCACUUUCGCUACACUCUGGCAACCAACACAGUCGGUAGACAAACUAUCUUCAAUCCUGGAGGAAAAUAUGAUCAGAUUGCUUCUUCUGGAAAGGAGGGACUAGAAGUUCUUUUAAAAAGAGCAAUGACAUCUUUGACCUAUGACUCCCUCUGCCUCCCUGAGGACAUCAAAAGUAGAGCAGUGGAGUCCAUUUCCAAUUACUUCUACAGAGACGAUGGCAUGAAGAUUUGGCAGGCAAUAAAAAUACUUGUUUCAGACAUCAUCCAUUACCAUUACAAUGAUGAUGACUCUGUUUCAAAAGAUCCUGAGCUCCAAGCGUGGGUAGCAGAAAUCUUUAAAGAAGGAUUCCUGGAGAAUAAAUCCUCAGGAAUCCCGUCCUCUCUGGAUACGAAGGUUGAGUUAAUUCGAUACCUGACCAUGGUGAUCUUCACAUGUUCUGCGAAGCACGCGGCAGUAAACAGCGGCCAGUUUGAUUACUACUCCUGGAUGCCUAAUGCUCCAUCAUCCAUGAGAAAGCCUGUUCCUACAAAGAAAAGAACUGCCACCAUGGAGAGCAUCCUGGACACCUUGCCGCAAGUGAACACAACAACUAAAACCAUGAGUUUGACCUGGGUGAUUAGUAGAGAACGUGUGGACUGCAUACCUUUAGGAACUUACCCAGAGGCGCAUUUCACGGAUGAAGUCCCUAAGAGAUUACUUCAGGACUUUAAGGAAAAGCUGUCUAAGAUUUCCAGUGAAAUAAAGGAGAGAAACCAAACUAUGAACCUGACUUACCUGUAUCUGGAUCCAGUGAAGAUUGAGAACAGUAUAUCCAUUUAAUGCAAAAUAAACUCUAUAUAAUAAGAUGCCUCUUGAUAUUGUCCACUGAGUUUGAAUGUUCAUGUAGUUACUGGUUAAAUAGAAAUUAAAAUAAAU